UACCUGGGACAAUCCUCCCUGGAAGAUACGAACAUCGCCUCACGGGGAGACUACUUGCACUACACAUAUUCCUGCUCUAGGGAGACUCCCACGGACUUUCUAAACACUUCCCCGUGCCAGAUGGACAUUUGAAACUCUUGGAACAAUGCAGGAGUAUUGAGAUCCCUCAGUGGUGUAAAUACCUGCCAUCAGGAGGUAGCCUCCCCGCCACACGGAGGUUGGUAGUGUUGUUACUGAUGCUGUUUGUUUGUAGUCCUGUACAUGCUGUACACUGAGGCAGCAUUUCAAGAGUCCAAGUGUUCAUCCUGACUCCCUCUUGCCAGCGUGCUGAGCAGCUGUACCUGGCACCAUCCUCACCAUCCUCACCAUCCUCUUGACUGGUGACCACCCUCGUGGUCAUCUCCUGUGGUGGCCACUACCUGUCCAUGGUCGGUGGAGCAGCCAGGGUGUGAGUGGGACUGAAUGUUGGGGCUGGCUAUACUCUCGUGUAGGUGCCUCAAGCAGCCGUAGACAGAUUGCAGAAAGAAGUGUGGCCCCUCUGAGUUGCUUGAUGAGGGUUUCUCUGUGUGCCGAGUGUGUGUGUAACUCUAUCUAGGAAAUGAAGUAUACCUCUGUACCAGGACCUCCAACUGUCAAUAUGGCUGAAUACAAUGUAACUCCAAAGGGGCCCGAUGCAACUGGUGUCCCGAUGGAUCGCGUCAAGAAACUUUUGAGCCCAGCAUCCAGGAGAAAGCUGGUACCAAGCAACAAUGUCAACAAGACAUUUGGUGCCCCGCUCGACGUUCUCGUCAAGAGGUCUCCUAACUGUCUUAUUCCUUCCAUUGUGAAGAAGACAUGCGACUUUAUCUCCAGAUAUGGUAUGGACCAGGAGGGUAUUUUCCGUGUCAAUGGAAACUCUCGUGUCCUGGAGAAGCUCCGGUACUCGUUCGACCAGCACUGGGACACAGAUAUUGAGGAAGACUGCGAUGUGAUGGCUGUGGCUGGUCUGUUAAAGCUGUUCCUGCGGGAACUACCUGACACUGUCAUACCUUUACACAUGACGCAGGACUUUCUGGAUAUACAGGAAGGCAACAAGGACCAGGUGGUCCAGCAACUGAAGUCGAAGCUAAAACAGCUGCCCGUUGAGAACUACGACCUCCUGAAGUACCUGUGUCAGUUCCUUGUGGUUGUGACACACCAUGAGAAAGACAACAAGAUGUCCGCUAUGGCUCUGGCCAUUGUGUUUGGACCAAACCUUUUCAAGUGUGGUGAUGGCAUAUCUGGGCUUCGCGACCAAGGUACCACAAACCAGAUUGUGUUCAAGUUAAUCGCAGAGUACGACACAAUCUUUAAGCAGUCUUAUGAAGAUGCUCCAAUUGUGUCAUGGGAGAGACGGUACAAGAUGUCUGCUCCACCUCGGCCGCCUCCUCCCAAGAUAUCUGCAUCUGCUGAUGAUUCUCUCAACUUGUCUUCCCCUAGAAAUGUUAGUAUGAGGAGUUACGACAGCAGUCAGUACCAGGACAUGGAGGAGAUGGACCACAGCGACACCUCCCUCAUCAUCCCCCAAUCGGGGGGCCGAUCUCACCUGUCAGGUAUACAGGGGCCGUAUGUCCAUGAUGCCGAGGACUAUCCGGACAGGAGCGCCUCACCCUUCAUAACAGACAGUGAGGGUCACAGCAUUAUUGAAUCUCCAGUAGUUACAGCUCGGACACAUGAGCUGGUGGAGAAGACUAUCAGUCAGAGCAUCAACCAGCACAUCUUCGGAGACCGUCUCAGUGUCAGCCCGGAGAAGGAGGCCAACUCCCACAGCACCAGUGGCUCCACAGGCUCUGAUGGCAAUGUGGCAAACAGUGACAACUCUGAGAGCAGAUCUGAAAGUGAGCCUGCGGCGGUUGUGAAGGACAGGAUCUCUGUGUUUGAGGCCCAUAUUAAGGAGGAUGGAGUCGAUGGAUCCCAGACACGCCCUAGCAAACAGAGGCCAACGUCUGCGGCGUUUGACUUCUUUGAAAACAAGAGCAUUAUCAUUUCCAAGGCCCCUAAGUCAACUGAGCUGAGGCAAGAGGAGUCACCUGACAGGGAUUCUGACAGCUCAGACAUGGGUGUUGAGCGGGAUACGGAAGUCCUAUCUUCAUUCAAGAAGCCAGUGGGACCUCCAAGACGAUCACCAAGUAGGAAGUUCCGCCGGAGUGUGGAAGGCUCUGACCUUAUCAUCCUUGAUGCACAGAUUGGUGAGCUGUUACAGGAUACAGAGCCCAAUCUUGAUGAACCACCCCAACUGAUUCCCCAUCCUGCAUUGGAUCUCCACCCUCAACAAACAGCGGAGCCUCGUCCCCAGCCUGUGCCCAGGAAGCAGCCUCUCAAGCCUCGACAGGAGGCCAGCUCCUCAUCAGAUGAUGACGAUGACAUGAAUCACAACAAUCAGUUUAAGUCCAGGAUAGCCUUCCUCGACAUCCACCAGGACAAGCAGUUGAAGGCCAGUCAGGAAAACUCACCUGACCACUCACCGGUCAAUGUCAGGAAGCCCUUUGUCCCACCACUAGAUCUCACCAUCCUGCAUGAACAUGUCGACAGCUCAGAUCCGAUCCCAGCUCGGGCAACUCAGUCCGCCAUCUACAUGAUGAGGAAGCCCGUGCCACAGGACCCAACAGAAGAUCUGGAAAACGCUGUCAUCGUCUCGCCGAGAUCCGUCAAACUCAAGAAGAAAAAUGGCUGGGCAUCUAGCGACGAAGAGGACGCUAAAAACGAAGCGCCUCCUUCUCCCAGCGCCAGAAUGUCCUUCCCGGACGAGAGUGUGGCCGUCAACACCGACAUUCCCCCUUCCCCCCCGGUGGAGCAGGAUCAGUACAAGAAACACGGACCUGAUGAUGAAUCCAGUCAGAAGCUCAGACAACUUACAAAAAGAAUCCAAUUGUUGAAGAAGAGAAUCAAAAUAUUUGACGAGAACUUCGAGAAGGAGCAUGGCUACAGGCCGUCUCACCAUGACAAAGCCGCCCACACGGAGAUUAAGAAAUACAUGACGGAGUUGUCACGUGCCAGGAAGGAACUGAAAAAAUUGAAAGAAGAAGCUGAGAUGGGAAGUCGAAGUCGUCAUGGUAGUGGGGCAUCCUCAUCUGGGGAACGUAGCGACAUUAUUCCAACGAUGCCCCCAUCGAUAGAAGACACCCUUGAUGUCAUCCUGAAAAAUCUGCAAGAGAAGAGGCGUGAGAUGAAGCGACCUCGGGAGAUUUCUAUGAUGAGCUAUGAGCAGGUGCUGGAAGAAAAGCUGGCUGUCCAGAAGGCCUUACUUCACUUUGAGAGCAUUCAUGGUCGGCCGAGUUCGAAAAUUGAGAAAGAUCUGAUGCGUCCCCUGUACGACCGGUACAGAUCCAUCAAGAGGCUGCUCGCCAAGCCCACUUCACCUCGCAAUACAAUUGACCUGGAGACUGUGCCUGAAGAUCAGCCUAUGCAGAUUACUGCAGCAACAACAUCCACCUCCAAGUUUAGAAAUGCUAUUCGAGUGCCAACAGGGAGCCCUGACUCGGAUGAGAUGGGUGACCUGGGAACAAUGGAGUUUGCAGUAACACGGGACUUCUCCAUCUUACGGGAGACGGGUCGACACGGAGGCUACAACAAGAACAAGCUCUCCACUGCCAAUAAAAAGAGUGAUUCUGAUGAUGAAGAUGACACACAAACAACAGACUUCAAUGUCAACGACUUGUCCAUACCUGAAUUGCAGGAUGAAGUUCAGAGAGCAAAAAUGGAAAAAAAGAGAUUACGGAAAGUGUUGCGGACAUUCGAAGAGGACUUUGUUACUCAGCAAGGGAGAAGAGUGCAGAAGGAAGAUAGAUCACCAAUGCAAGGAGAAUAUAGCCAAUAUAAGCAAAUAAAAGCAAAGUUACGUCUGUUAGAAGCCCUGCUAACAAAACAUCACCAGGGGUUUACAGAUCGUGUUUAACACACAACACCAAGUACUCGUAAUACCAACACUGAGGGUAGAACCACUUGAAUGGGACAACACAAGACCACAGCUCCCUUCUUGGAGCUGAUAGUCAAGGGAGGUAACCAGUGUGGACGAGGAUGUGACUUGGUCGUCUCUCCGGGCAUCAUGGUGACAGAUUGUGAUUGUUCAUAUGUGUUAAUGUGUCUUCAGAAACAGGAGAGCCCAAACAAGAUUUUUGACAUUUUGUGGUUUCUGUUCGUCUGUUAAAAUCAAAGCUGUUGGAUGUGAUUUCGGCAGUGCCAUACUGUUGUGUAUAAAGUGCGAUAUGACAUGAACAUGGUUGUGAUGUCACACAAGAUGUGUGUGAUAGUGUGGGAUCAAGUGCACAGAAAGGACUGUUGCGGCAUGCUGGGAAGCUGGAGUUUACUGGCCACCCAAUGUGGAGUCUGAGACUGAUGAUGAAGUGUCCUUCUUGUUUGUUAUGAUAUGACAGUCUCUGGAUGGUUUUAACUAUUUUAUAUAAAGCUGACAAAUCAGUAUUUUUAGAGUGCCAUAGCUGAGUGAUAGCUCAUUAACAAUGUCUGAAAAGUUUUAAAUUUGCUUUUGAAGUGUUAACGUUAAAGGAAAGAAGGAAAGGGUUUACAAACUCUUUAUGAUAAUCUCCGGUUAUACAGUGACACCUUGUUAGUUCAGAGCUGAAUGCCCAGCUUCAGGAUGGUUACUGUGUGGAAUAUCUAUUUAUCAUUAGAGGGACAUUACUUCAAUGAUUUGUUGAAAUGGAAAUUUGUUAUCUGGACAGUUUCACCAGGAAAGUAGCAUCCGGAUGAACAGGGUAUCACUGUAUUGACAGUCCUGUACAGUGAGGAAAUGUGUGAGCAUUUAACAUUGACUAGUCAGGACGAAUAUGUUUUGAAGAAUUACAGUUGACUCUCAUUAAGUGGACCAGAAAGAAAAUAAGGAUAAAUAUUAAGAAAAUAUCCCCAGGGUGUAAUUAUUCACAGAUGUAUCAAUGCAUUGUGUGUUUACUAGAUACGCGAUACAUCUACUUCAUGUUUUAAGGCUGUAUAAAUUUUCAAAAUAUUUGCAAAGUUUUUCACUAAUCCAGUCUGAUAACUGGUUGGGAUAGCAUUACCUUUCAGGCCAUCAUGAACAAAACGCUAAGUUAGCCCUGAUUGCAUAAUGCAGAGAUUCAAAACAGAGCAAAUUUGGUCUUUUUGCUUGUUACUUUCAAAUUGGAAUUUUUUCAAGUUUAAUUUUCUUAAAUUCAGAGGUCUUUUAACAUUGUAUAUGAACCUUACAUCCAGUUAUGUAGACCUAAGCAUAAAAGCCUCUUCCUCGUUAUUGGUCCUGAUAUCAGAGAAAUACAAUUUGAUUCGACCCAUCCGUCACAUUUCAUGUUACUAUAUUAACAUUAAGUUGGCGUGUUUGUAUUCCAAUUUGGGAAUAUUUACUGAUAUUUGCUGCUGACUUGGAGCUGAAUACCGGACUUGGAACAGGCGGAGACACAUCCCUGUAAUACUGUAACAAGGCUAAAGUUACCAGUCAUUUGAAUUCAAAACAAAUUGGUUGACAGCAACAUACCAUACAUAGAGAAGUUCAUACAUAAAUUGUAUCGCAAAACGUGUCUUAUUGCCACUCCAGUAUUGUAUCGAUGUGUGAGGUAGGCAAAUCGGGACAGCACUAAAUUAUACAUUUCUAUUCCUGGUAUAUUUUUUGUCAUUUGACACAAGAAUCAAUUAAGGAAAAAUUCUGGAAAUGUGGAAACACUUAUCUUAGACAAUUUAAUAUUUGAAUUUGAGAGAAUAUUGUUGUAAAAGUAAUUAGGUGGGAAACCGUUGAUCACUGGCCGGAACCCACUGACGAACUUAAGAUGAAUGAGACCAUCCCAGUUUGAUCUAUGUACAUUUUGACUGAAUUGUUGUUUUGAACCUAACAUUCAUGAAUAAAUCUUGAUCAUAUUGAUAGCAAUUGCAAUUAUUAGAUAUUCAGUCCGUAUGGCUGUGUGAUUGAUUAUUUGACAUAUUGUUUGUGUUGAAUAAGGUUGGAAUCCAGCAGUGGGUUAAGAUACUGGAUAAGUAGACGCUUUAGCUUGGUCCAUUCAAUGAGAGUUGACUGUAGUUGGCAGAAAUGUGCUGUAGCCAUUGAAUAUGGCUGUGAAAAAUCAGUUUGGGUAUGGUGAGAGUUCUAGUUUGUAAUUGUCUUAAUAUCUAGGGAUGCACUGAACAUACACAUGGAACUAUUACUUGGUAUCAUGUGAUUACUGUUUGAAAUCAGAUCAACCUGCUAUAGUUUUAUGUCAGAAGCACUGAUGAUUUUGUGGCAAUAAUUUUAAGAAAUUGUUAAUAAUUUCUCUUACUGUCAGAUGUUACUUUAUUUCUGAAUGGUUGUGAAUAUUUGAGAAUGUUAAGUUUUGCUUUAUGGUGUUUUUAGCUUUGUGUAGCCAAGUGUAUUUUGUGUAAAAUAUAGGUGCUUAUGGGGGACCUACCGUUUAGGGAGGGGGGAUGGGGAGUUGGAGGGAGGAACAAUUUUAAUAUUUUCAUAUUGGUCAGGACAUCCAGCAUGUCCAACUCUUUAUUUUUUCCCCAUUAUUUCUGGAACAAUUUUUUUCAAAUUAUCCCAUCCCCACUCUUUUACCCCCACCCGCCCCCAAUAUCAAAUGGUUGGUCCCUAGGGUUUCAAAAGACACAGCAUGUAUACUGUGUGUAUGCUGCAUGGUUCAGCACAAACUACCUUCAAAACCAUUCAAGUAUUUCCGAGUCCCGACUCCCCAUGCAUGACACCGCUUGCUGCUAAUCAAACAUGCUUCACACAAAUACUGCCACGUUACGAGACAGCUAGGGAAUUCUGUUGCAGAAUUACAGAUGCUCAUACGUAGACAGGCAUUCAAGGAUGCAGCUGUGCUCAUAGUGAAAGGAUGAUACACAUGCCCCUGGUAUCAGAAUGGCUGCAUAUGAACUAAGGCCACUAUUAGUUGUUAGUAGGAUUGCUGAUCUAAAUGUUUUUAGUGGAAUUAUUAAUUAAAAAGGUUUAGUAUCGAGAUGAAACUUUUGCUCUCAUUCCUCCAGGGUGCAUGGGUGCCCAGUUGGCUGAGAUAGGCAAUUAGCUGCGCUGAAUACGUGCGCCAGAAAACUAGGCUUCUGGCAUUGUCAGCACUAAACCCAUGCAGUUGAUUUCACCAAAGUGAUGAAUGUCAACCAGCAUAACUUUGGGCUUUCCUCUCAAUCAAGCUGACACACCACGAUAUGACUGAAAUACUGUUCAAAGCGGUGUCAAACCCAGCUCACUCACUCAUUCCCUUCUGACGAGGCCAAGUAUCGUCCCUUUGGAUUCCCAGAUAGAAGUUUAUAUACAAUAGAACAUUCCCUAUUCCCACAUCAUAGUUCAGCAGGAGGGCUAUGUACUUUUGGUGUGUCACGGUAUCAUCGUGUAGCUCAGCACAUGGCGCGGGUGACUACCUUAUUUGACCAUGGUGCAGUUAGAUAUUUUGGUUGACAUCACACGUUUCAGAUUUGUAACAUAGGAUUUGCAGCUACAGGUUUACAAAUGUGUUAAAAUCUUGCUAUAAUUGUGUUAUUUUUUGUUAUUAAUUUUGAGCUAUGGUAAAAUAAAGUCUUCAUUCAAACAGAGCUUCCUGCAUCUCUGCUGACCUGCAAAACUGUCAUACAAUAGAGGUGAAGAGGUGUCUGUAUUUGGCUCUAUACUUCAAAUUUAUUAAUGAUGUUAUCAGUGCUGGUCAGGACAACUUGCAUAAUAAGUAGUUUGUACAUUACCUUGAUAUUACACAAAGGGUUUUACAGUUUCAUCUCAGGUUACUCUUUGCAGAAACAGCUGAUCUAAACAUGAGGUAAUGUUUGCAGAAACAGCUGAUCUAAACAUGAGGUAAUGUUUGCAGAAACAGCUGAUCUAAACAUGAGGUAAUGUUUGCAGAAACAGCUGAUCUAAACAUGAGGUAAUGUUUGCAGAAACAGCUGAACUAAACAUGAGGUAAUGUUUGCAGAAACAGCUGAUCUAAACAUGAGUUAAUGUUUGCAGAAACAGCUGAUCUAAACAUGAGGUAAUGUUUGCAGAAACAGCUGAUCUAAACAUGAGGUAAUGUUUGCAGAAACAGCUGAUCUAAACAUGAGGUAAUGUUUGCAGAAACGGCUGAUCUAAACAACAAUUACUGUUUUCAGAACAGCUCAUCUAAACAUGAAUUAAUGUUUACAGAAACGGCUAAUCUAAACAACAAUUACUGUUUUCAGAACAGCUCAUCCAAACAUGAAUUAAUGUUUACAGAAACGGCUAAUCUAAACAAAUUAACGAAACCCUUAAAGUCAGUGUUUAUCAGGUAUUAUCGCCUCAAGACCCAUAAAUGACAGUUAUUGAUUAUUAAAGUUGUUGAUUUUGAAACAAUGUAUAUAGAUUGUAAAUUUGCGUAUAUAUUUCCACGUGGAUGGAUGUGAUAUACUUAUAUAUACAUGCCAGGCAGCUAAUUGUGUUUGUUAAUGCCAGACAGCUUCGUUUGUUGAGAACCUUUGUAUGAUGGAGAUAUUUUGUAGGAUUUAUAUUAUUGAUAGUUUCUUCAGAUACCUUGAACAGGCUCAGGUUCUUAGAAUGGGCUGUAGGAUGACCUAUUUGAAGUAGAUUGAAACUAGAAACAUUGUGAAAAUAAGUAAGGAUCAUAUAAUGUAUCCAAACUCAAUUGUAUCUUAAUCACUUGGGAUACGAGAAAUGUAACUGAAUGACAUGUGGCUAAUGUGAAAACUGAACAGUUGAUGAUAGAUUUGCCAGAGAAAGGGUCAAUUUUGAAAUCUGGUUCACGGCCAAUUGCUCUAAAAAAAACCCAUAGGUUUUUAUUUUAUUUUGAAAAAGUGCUACCCACGUCAUCAUUAUAGCACCGUUGUUCACCAAAGUUUCCUGAACACUGCUGAACAAGAUCUGUAUCAAUAUGUCACUUGUUUUGCUCCCAAAGUGGCAUAUUCAUAGGUGAUUGGAAAAGAAAUUGGAUUUAUAAUUCUAUUAUUAGAAUUUUGUGAGAGCAUGCAGAGUAGACAAAGAUACUAAAUGUACCAGCUUUGCGUUAUGCAAUCAAUAACCUUAUGUAUAUUUUUCUGUUGAUUAUUUAUAGCAAUGGUAGUUUAGUUUGUUCUGCCAGUGAUGACAUCUACACAAUUGUUGUUCGUGAAUAUCUCGUCUCUUAGUGUAUGCAAAGAUUGUAGUUACCUUGUUAUCACUCUAAAUGUGUUGGUGAUUACCGUUUCAUAAUUCAAAAAUGUUUGUUGGACUUGAAUCUGUGAUGUGUUUACGUUCAUCUGUGUAUGGCAUUUUAGAACAUUAUGGUUUGCGGAUGUAUGUUUCCCAAACCAUUGUGAUUGGUUGAUAAGAAUAUUUGUUGAUUUUUGCGAUCUCUCAAAGGUAAUGUGGAUACGGUGAUACAGAGAAAACAUUAAAUGGAAGAAAAGCGUCUGUUAUAAUGACACAUAGCGUCACAUCCAUUCCCUUCAUUGACCUUCAGAUUUUUAGGGUUUUUUUAUUGUUGAAAUUAAUCUGCUAUGUGUCAGAAAGAAAAAAAAAUGUUUUCAAUGUUUUGAAAUAAGACAUUGAUGACUUUUCUGCCAUCACAUCCAAAAAUAGAAUGCAUAACUUGAAAUUCUUGAUCAAGUUGGUUAUUUCAUAGGUAGCAGUACCUUAUUUCAUGUAAUGCCUCCCUAUGGUAUAUGUCAUAUGACACCUAUUUAAUAAAGUAGGAGGCUAUUUAUGAUGAUGAUAAUGAUGAUGAUGUUGACAGUUACAUGACUAUUAUGACUAUGAAAUUGCAUUAAGUUUCUUGCAUGCAAUGUAUCAAAAUUGAUCCAUUUUUUGCAAUUGAUUCUUUACUUAGUUGUGCACUUCAGUUUGCAACUUAUAUUUUGAAACAUCUUGUGUAUUUUUAAUUGAAGAAUCUUUGUUCUAAACAAAAAUGCCUUUUUGUAUAUCAGAUUUAUUUUUGUGUUACGAUGGGUGUACUUUAAGUAUGAUGUGGCGAUACACUAGGCUAGUAGUGGAGUGCCUGUCAUGCACAUGUAUAUAACAAAUACUUAUAUUGAUGUGAGCAAGGGGCUCUGAAUAUUGACCUUAUUUAUAUACACUGGCUUUGUCAAUAUUGUCUGUACAUAGGAGAUCUUGUCAAAACUGAUAUUUUCAUAGAGAGCAUUACUGACAGUGAACCAAUCAUUGUUGAUUUUCAAUAAUUUAAUAUGACUGUCAUUAAAUUGUUUCAGUCUA